CGGCGCAGCGCGCGUUGCUCUCACACCGCACUAUCCGCUAACUAUUCGCAAUCGACCGACGUCUUGGAUGUUGGACUUGGGUUAUAAUGACUUGACUUCUGCUAAAUGAACCCGUGUACUAGUAUAAGUUUUUCGCAGUGGCGUAAUUAUUUCUUAAUACACGAGCGCCGAAACGAGGAUUGUUUUUCGAUAAGGACAAUUAGCGUCGAGUGAGAGUUUUUUGUGCGUUGUGCUGCAGUGGCGGCAAAAUGGAGAAGCAGUCGAGGUGGUCGGAGCAGCGCUCCGAGCAGCGCUCCGAACAGCGCGUGCAGCAGCACACCGAGCGGCGCGAGCAAGUGAUGCAGCAGCAGGAGCGCGUGCAGCGCACUGAGCAGCACUACACGCGCCAGAUGCUCACCCAGCAAGUUGAAUCUGCUGGCGAUCGCUUGCCUGUCACAUUAGGCAGGCCUGGCGAACCUUCUCCCCCAAUCUUCGAGCAAAUCUUCAAAAAUGCAAGGUUUGCGCAAGGCGGAAAUGCAAAAUUCGAAGGAAAACUUAGAGGCAAUCCUACCCCCGUUGUAUCGUGGACGAGAAAGAAAGCUCCACUGGUGGAGUGCAAUAAGUAUAGUAUGAGCUACAACGAACAAACCGGUGACGUGUCCUUAUUAAUUAAACAAAUCGGGCCGGGUGAUGAGGGCGAAUACACAUGCACGGCUCGCAAUCAAUACGGCGAGGCCAUUUGCUCCGUGUACAUUCAGCCUGAAGGCGUCCCGGUGCCCGCGCACCAGGCCUCGCAGCAACAGAGCUACAGGCACGUCAGUGAGAGCGUGGAACACAAAUCGUAUGGUACACAGGGGUACUCCACAGAACAGUCCAGUAAAACACAAAAAGUCGCAUACACCAAUGGCACUGACUAUUCAUCCACAGAAGAUUUCAAAGUGGACACCUUUGAGUACAGACUUUUAAGGGAAGUAUCAUUCAGAGAAACAAUUACUAAGAGAUACGUGAAUGAAAGUGACACUCACAUCAGUACUGAAAUUGAUAGAACGCUUGGACCAGUGUCACCACCCAAAAUUGCACAAAAGCCGAGGAAUUCUAAACUUCAAGAAGGUGCUGAUGCCCAGUUCCAGGUACAACUAUCUGGUAACCCGAGGCCGCGCGUGACUUGGUUCAAGAAUGGACAACGGCUUGUUAAUACUAGCAAGCAUGAGAUUGUCACUACACAUAAUCAAACGACUCUUAGGGUAAGGAAUACACAAAAGUCUGACUCUGGCCAUUACACUUUAUUGGCUGAAAAUCCUAAUGGAUGCAUUGUCACAUCAGCUUAUCUUGCUGUUGAAUCUCCGCAAGAGACGUAUGUGCAAGAUCAAAGAUCACAGUAUAUCAUGGACUCUCAACAAACAGGAAUUGAAGAAAGAGUAGAAAUUAGUGAAAAAGCUCUCGCUCCGCAAUUUGUAAGAGUCUGCCAAGACCGCGAUGUCACGGAGGGCAAAAUGACGCGAUUCGAUUGCCGCGUCACAGGCAGACCUUACCCAGAAGUCACGUGGUUCAUUAACGAUAGACAAAUUCGAGACGAUUAUAAUCAUAAGAUUUUAGUAAACGAAUCAGGUAAUCAUGCGCUUAUGAUUACAAACGUCGAACUUAGUGACAGUGGUGUAGUCACGUGUGUAGCGCGCAACAAGAGUGGAGAAACAUCUUUCCAGUGCAGACUAAACGUCAUCGAAAAGGAACAAGUAGUUGCACCGAAAUUCGUUGAACGUUUCAGUACUUUAAGUGUUCGCGAAGGAGAACCAGUUAUUUUGAAUGCACGCGCAGUUGGCACACCUACACCACGGAUCACAUGGCAGAAGGACGGCGUUCCGAUAAUACCCAAUCCAGAGUUACGAAUUAAUACCGAUGGUGGGGCCUCGACGCUGGACAUUCCUCGAGCCAAGGCGUCGGAUGCGGCAUGGUACCAGUGCACCGCCCAGAACGUCGCAGGCUCCACCGCCACUCGGGCAAGGCUCUACGUCGAAGUACCAAAAGAGCCUCCGCCUGAGCAGAAGCGUCUGCACUUGCCGCGGCCUACAAAGAUUAUCGAGCCAGAACCUGCUCCUGGACCAGAAAUCAUUUACUUAAGGCACGUGGAAAGGGCAAGACCUUACAUUCCUCCUGGUGAGGAAGAUCGAGUUUAUCCUCCACCGCAGUUUAUUGUGCCACUCAAGAGUAUUUCACAGAUGGAGGGUGGCAAAAUACACUUUGAAACGAGGAUAGAACCGGUUGGCGACCCAACGAUGAAAAUAGAAUGGUUAAGAAAUGGACAAAGUAUCGAAGCCAGUUCUAGGUUUACAUCAAUUUUCCGGUUUGGAUAUAUUUCUCUCGACAUGCUCAGUCUUAACAUUCAAGAUACUGGAGAAUACACUUGCAGAGCAAUAAGUGCAACAGGAGUUGCAGAAACUAAGGCUAUGUUGCAAGUAACUCCAAGAGCAACCAUCGAAAGAACAAGCCAACACCCAGAGAGCUUACAAUAUAUUCAACAGUUGGAAGAUUAUUCUAGAUAUCAGCACCAAGAGUCAAUAGAAGAACAGAUUUCUCAGAGGCCACAAUUUAUAAGGCCUCUUCAAGAGCUUGGUGAAUUACAAGAAGGCAGAAACGCCCAUUUCGAAGCUCAACUUACUCCAGUCAGUGAUCCUACUAUGAGAGUAGAGUGGUACAAAGAUGGUAGACCCAUUACAGCUAGCUCGCGAAUCACGUCAAUCUUCAACUUCGGUUACGUCUCCCUUAACAUCAUGCACCUACGGGCUGAAGAUGCAGGUUCGUACACAGUGAGAGCUGUAAAUAAGUUAGGUGAAGCCAUUAGUACCGCUUCGAUCAGAGUAGCUGCUAGGAGUACAGUUACUGCCGAUCUUGGCAUACCAGAACAACGACGAUACAUUGAGAAGACUGAGCAAUUGGAAGCAUAUCAGCAACAACAACACCAAAAGUAUUAUCAGGAAGCACCUGAAAGCACUCAGAAACCGGAGUUCAAAACACCAAUUAAGGAUCAAAUCAAUAUUAAGGAAGGUGGGUUCGCUCAUUUUGAAGCUCGCCUCGAACCAGUAGGUGAUUCAACUCUGAGAGUUGAGUGGCUGAAAGAUGGGCGUCCUGUUGAAGCCAGUUCAAGAAUAACUACAUUCUUUAACUUCGGAUAUGUCGCAUUAACAAUCAAAUCUGUGACCAUACACGAUGCUGGUCACUACACUUGCCGAGCUUAUAAUGCUCUUGGUCAGGCAGCUACCAGUGCUAACCUAACCAUAGUAACAAAGAAAGAUAUUAUCGCCGAAUCUCAGCAUCCAGGUGGAUACGAAAAAAUUCAACAUCUUGAAGAUUCCAGCCGAUAUUCAAGACGCGCUGAGGAAGAAGUGAGGGUUACACAAAAGCCUCGAUUUUUGGGACCAUUGAAGGGAACUAAUAAAAUAGUAGAAGGGCAAAGCGCUCACUUUGAAGCAAGAGUAGAGCCACAAAGUGAUCUGACUAUGACUGUAGAAUGGUAUUUUAACGGAAAGCAGAUUAAGAGUGCUAAUCGCAUUCAGACGUACCAUGACUUUGGCUACGUAGCAUUGGAUAUUGCCAGCGUUCGCUCUGAUGAUACCGGAGUUUACACCGUCGUAGCCCGCAAUGCAGCUGGAGAAGCCCAACUGAGUGCUUCUAUGACAGUGGAAACACGAUCCAGUAUUGACACGUCGAGUAUCCACCGUGGUUUAUACGAAAAGACUAGGCACAUUGAAGAGUCUAAGUUUGUGGAACCGAUGUAUGAGAUUGAAGAAAUCUCCAAGUCUAAACCAGUUUUUGUUCAACCUCUAUCUGAUCCAGCUCCAGUAUCAGAAGGUAAAAAUAUUCACUUAGAAUGCAGGUUGGAACCCAUGGGUGAUCCGACCAUGCGCGUGGAAUGGUUCCAUAAUGGAAGAGCCGUGACAGUCGGCUCAAGAUUCAGGACUUACUAUGACUUUGGAUUUGUUGCACUCGACAUCAUACACGCAACAUCUUCUGACUCUGGAGAAUAUACCGUGAGAGCUGUAAACCACCUGGGAUCCGCUCACACAUCCGCGAUGGUUCGUGUUAUUGAACGAUCAGAUAUUGUAACUGACACGCAAAACGAACAAGCUGUUGAACAAAUUCAAAUGCUGGAAGAUGCUGCGCGUAGAUCCAGACAAGUACAUGAAGAUAUUACUGUGAGGCAGGCACCUCAAUUCUCUAGAGCUUUACAUAACAUUGAGACUGUAGAAGGGACCAAUGUGCAUUUGGAGUGUAGAUUGCAACCGGUUGGUGAUCCAACCAUGAGAGUAGAAUGGUUCUGCAAUGGAAGACCGAUUAAAACAGGACACAGGUUUAGGCCGGCCUAUGAAUUUGAUUACGUUGCCCUAGACCUUCUGAGUGUCUAUCCUGAGGACUCAGGUGUAUACACAUGCCAAGCUACAAACCAACUUGGUGAAGCCGUAACUUCUUGUGCUUUACGAGUAAUUGCUAAAAAAGAUCUUAUUUUCGAGUCGCAACACCCAUCAGGACUAGAAAAAAUCCAAUAUUUGGAAGAUGCCUCACGUUACAAGAAGAGUGAGGUAGUUGAUGAAUCCAUAAAUAUAAAACCUCGGUUCAUUACAAAACCAAAGUCUAUCGACAAUGUGGUUGAAGGUCACCAUGUUCAUUUCGAAUGCAAACUUGAACCAGUGACGGAUUCUAACCUGAAAGUAGAAUGGUUCAAAAAUGGGCACCCCGUGACUAUUGGGCACAGAUUCCGCCCGAUUCAUGAUUUUGGCUAUGUGGCACUUGACAUAAUUGACCUGAUUGCUGAAGACACCGGUGUUUACACAUGCAGAGCCGUCAACCUCGUCGGUACUGAUGAAGUCAGCUGCAGAUUGACUUGCCGCAGCACUGCAGAUAUAGUCAGAGCAACACAAAAUGAAGCCGGUCUUACACAAAUUCAAUCACUUGAAGAUAGGUCUAAACAUCACAGGACCGAUUUCGUUGAUGAGGUUACUACGCAAGCACCAAUAUUUACUACCUCACUGAAAAACAUUGAGAUCAAAGAAGGCCAAAGAGCUCACUUCGAGUGCAGGCUGAUACCUGUUUCAGAUCCUACUAUGAAAGUAGAAUGGUAUCACAACAACAAACCACUAAAGAGUGGAUCAAGAUUUACGGAAACCAACAACUUUGGUUUUGUUGCUCUUGACAUUAUGUCUUGCCUACCUGAAGAUUCCGGAACGUACACCUGCAGAGCUAUUAAUGCUCUCGGUGAAGCAGUAACAUCUGGAAUUGCUAUUGUACAUUCUAGGAAAUCAAUUUACUUGGAAUCGCAGCACGAAGGAGCUCUUCCAAGACUUAACCAACUAGAAGAUACUUCUAGAUAUCAAAGACACAGUGCUCAAGAUGAAUCUAUUACACAAGCACCGGUGUUUACAAUGCCUAUGAAGGACAUACGAGUAGCUGAAAACCAAGCUGCUCAUUUCGAAGCAAGGCUCAUUCCUGUCGGUGAUCCGAAACUCCGAGUGGAAUGGCUACGCAAUGGCGUACCUAUUGAAGCUUCAAACCGCUUGACAACUAUGCAUGACUUUGGUUAUGUUGCCUUGAAUAUGAAAUAUGUAAAUCCAGAAGAUUCUGGAACUUAUACAUGCCGUGCUAUCAACGAACUAGGUGAAGCUGUAACAUCAUCUACACUAUUCGUUCAGUCUAAAGCAUCGCUUCAACUGGAGUCUCAGCAUGAGAGUGCCUUAGAGAAAAUCCAGCAGUUGGAAGAUUCUUCUCGCUACCGACGCAGAGAGGACGUCGAAGUAGCCGUCAAUCAGGCACCGAGAUUCAUCACACAACUGAACGGACCAUCGAGGCUUGUAGAGGGCCAGAGUGCUCAUUAUGAAUGCCGUAUUGAACCGUACCCAGAUCCGAAUAUGCGGGUAGAGUGGUACUUUAAUGGAAAGGUCCUUCAAAGCGGCCACCGUUAUCGCACAGCUUAUGAUUUCGGAUUUGCUGCACUUGAUAUCUUAACAGUAUAUGGAGAAGAUUCUGGUGAAUAUACUUGCAAGGUUAUUAAUAACCUGGGCCAAGCCACCUCUUCAAUCAAAUUGAACGUGCAGUCUAAGGAAUCCAUCAUAAGAGAUACACAGCAUGAGAGUGCUCUUGAAAAGAUACAGUACCUCGAAGAUGACAGUCGCUACAAACGUGUAGUUCGGGAUGAGAGCUUCGUGGCUGAGAAACCACAAUUCGGAAAGCCAUUGAAAAACGCUGAAGUUAGUGAAGGCAAGCCAGUACACCUGGAAGCUACCCUUACUCCAGUAAACGAUCCCACUAUGCGUGUGGAAUGGUUCUGUAACGGUAGACCUGUACAACAAGGUCAUCGAUUCAAGACAACAUACGACUUUGGUUAUGUCGCGCUAGAUAUUCUGUAUGCUUACGCUGAAGACAGCGGCACAUACAUGUGCAAAGCUACUAACGCUGUCGGCGAAGCUGUCACCACUGGCUCUGUGAAAGUAGAUGCUAAAGCCGGACUUUACUUAGACACAUUAGACGAGCAACGUCUCAAAAAGAUACAAGAACUAGAACAGUAUGAGAGACCAAAACCGGUGCAAGAGGAGCAGCCAGGUCAGAGGCCAGUGUUCUUAACAGCCCUGACGAGCUUGGAGAACUUGAAAGAAGGAGACCAUGCACACUUCGAGUGUAGAGUAGAACCGAUCAACGACCCCGAUCUAAAGAUCGAAUGGUUCCUUAACGGGCAAAAGAUAAGAGCUGGCCACAGGUACAGGACAACACAUGACUUCGGUUAUGUUGCCUUAGAUAUUCUGUACACAUACUCUGAAGAUUCUGGAACUUACAUGUGUAAGGCCACUAAUAAACUCGGGGAAGCAGUUAAUACAUGCACGAUGAAGGUUGCAGGGCACAGAAGUAUCAUCCUUGACACUCAGCAUCCAAAUGGCUUGGAGAAAAUUAGACAACUUGAAGCCCAAGGCCAUCAUACAAGGAUGGAAGUUGAAGAACCUAAAGUUAGUCCACCUAGGUUUGUCACGGAGUUACGUGGAACGACUCAUGUAUUUGAGGGUCAGACAGCUCACUUUGAAUGCCAGGUGGAGCCGGUACAUGAUCCUAACUUGAGAAUUGAAUUCUACCAUAAUGGCAAGGCCCUGCAAUCUGCUGCACGGUUCCAUAUCACUUUUGAUUUUGGUUACGUGUCAUUAGAUAUUCAGCAUUGCGUCCCUGAGGACGCUGGUGAAUACUCAGUGAAGGCAAUUAAUGCAUUAGGCCAGUGUACAUCAUCUAUAUCUAUGACAGUAACCGCAAAAGGAAGCAUUAUAUCGGAAUCUCAACGUCCUGAAGGCUUGGAAAAGAUCCGAGAGCUAGAAUCUGCGGAACCGUUUAAACGUCCCGAAAUUCCAGAACCAGUCACACGCCAAAGACCAGUAUUCACUCAACCUCUUCAAAAUAUUGAUAACAUUCAGGAAGGUCAAACAGCUCACUUUGACUGUAGACUUAUUCCAGUUGGUGACCCUACCCUUAAAGUGGAAUGGUUCAGAAAUGAGAAACUUAUUGAGGACAGUUCUAGAAUUACGAAGACCCACGACUUUGGUUAUGUGUCGAUGACUAUCACCCAUGUUCGUGAUGAAGAUGAAGGCGUCUAUAUGUGCCGAGCUUCCAAUCUAUUGGGCGAAGCGGUAACGACUGCUGCCAUGAGAAUAAAAACAAAGGCAGCCAUUCAAAUGGAUACACAACAUCCAGAGGGUAUGAAGAAAAUCCAGCAACUUGAACAACCACAGCAAAGAAGGCCUGAUGAGCCUGAACGCGAGUUUGAAAAGCCUAUCUUUACCCAAGUGCUUACGGGACCCUCGGAAUUGUGGGAGGGACAGCAUGCUCAUUACGAAGCACGAGUAGUGCCUGUUGGUGACCCAAGCUUAAGAUUUGAGUGGUACAUCAAUGGAGUAGAACUCAAAAUGGGUUCCAGAUUCCGCACCACUCAUGAUUUCGGAUUUGUCACUUUAGACAUUAAUUCGGUAGUAGCCGAAGACGCUGGCCUUUACAUGUGCAAAGCGAUAAACAAAGCUGGCAGCACAGUAUCUUCUGCUUCUCUGAAGAUCAAGACAAAGUCAACCAUUGUAGAUCAGACAAUGAGACCUGAAGCUUGGGAGCAAAUUCAAUUGAAGGAAGCCGCCAUGAACAAAGUACCAGAGAUGUUUGUGGACUCAGGCGUUCAACAGGCACCAAUCUUCACCACACAUCUUAAGAGCUAUGAUAAACUCGUUGAAGGACAGCACGUUUACUUGGAAGCCCAAGUAGAACCACGAACUGACCCUAACCUCAGAAUUGAAUGGUUCAAGAAUGGUAUGUCUCUCACAACCGGCUCAAGAUUAAAGAGUACAUUCGAUUUUGGUUUGGUAACUCUCUCCAUCAACAGUGUUAGGAUCGAUGAUUCUGGGAUUUACACCUGCAAAGCAACCAACUUAAUGGGAGAAGCUGUAUCAACCGCUUCCAUUAAAAUAGAAGAUCGCCACUGGCUACUUGGUGAAACGCUUCACCCUGAAUCGUUGGAUAGAAUAGGCGCUCUUGAACAGCCUAAAGCUGGCAAACCUGAGGCCCCUGAACCUGUAUAUGAAAUACCCGUAUUUAUAUCUCAUCUGAACAAUAUUCUAUGCAAAGAAGGUGAAAAUAUACACUUCGAAUGUAACGUUGAGCCUUCUAGGGAUCCUACACUUAAGAUUGAAUGGUUCUUCAACAAUAAACCACUACCAUCCGGUUCGAGAUAUAAGAGUACACACGAUUUCAGCUAUGUGUCUCUUGAUAUUACUCACACUUACGAAGAAGAUUCUGGUAUUUACACAUGUAAGGCUACUAACAGCAAGGGUUCUGCAACUACCUCAGGCUCGCUAAGAUGUACUGGAGAUAAAAACAUAUAUUUCGAUACCCAGCACCCACAAGGAAAGGCUGGAUUGGAAGCAGUUGAACAGGCAGAAGAAGCACGUUUAUCAAAAUCUAGGAGAACGUCUGUACCUGAUGUAGAGUACCCGAAACCGGAAUGGGUGGUACCUGUAGCCGCAGAAAAUCAAUUGAUUGAAGGACAAGCCCUUCACCUCGAAGGACAGGUUGAACCAAAGAAUGAUCCCAACCUUAGAAUUGAAUGGUACUUUAACGGAAAAGUUUUAGAACAAGGUUCAAGAUUCAAGCUAACAAGCGAUUUUGGCUUUGUAACUUUGGACUUGACUGAUGUGUAUGAGAGAGAUAGCGGAAUUUACACUUGCAAGGCUUAUAAUAAGAGGGGUGAAGCCUUUACAUCAUCAACCGUGUUCUGUACUAGCAAAGAAAACCUUAUUGAAAGAACACAACAUCCUAAAGGCACUGAAGGUUUGGAAAAGAUACAAAACUUGGAGGAAUCUCUGCGUAGAGAGCCAGGUCAGAAACCUGAUGAUGACACUGGAAGACCUCCAGAAUUCACAACCGUGUUCCAAGAUAUUGUCGACAUUAGUGAGGGACAGAUUGCCCAUUAUGAAGCAUCUCUCAUUCCAACAGGAGAUCAAAGUAUGGUCAUUGAGUGGUUCUACAAUGGAAAAUCUAUUGAAGCUAGUCAUCGCAUUCGUACAGUUUAUGCCUUCGGUAUGGUUGUACUUGAAAUCCUUGGAACUAAGACAACUGAUUCGGGAGUGUACUCAUGCCGAGCAACCAACAGAUGGGGACAAGCGGAAAUAAGCGUCAAGUUGGAAUGUGUUGACAAGAGCAAAGGACAGAAACCAAGAUUUACCACUCAUAUUCAAAACAUUGAAGGUUUGAAGGAUGGUCAAUCUGCUCACUUUGAAUGCACAGUUGUGCCGGUUGACGACCCAGACUUGAAAAUUGAAUGGUAUCAUAACGGCCAACCUCUGCGCCACUCUACUAGAAUUAAAACGGUUUCAGACUUUGGUUUUGUUGUCCUUGACAUUGCAUACACUCAAAACCAUGAUACUGGUGAAUACGUUUGCCGUGCGUAUAACAAGUAUGGCGAAGACUUCACUAAGGCUAAUAUAACUUGCUUCGGAAGGGGUGGAGUUUAUCUCGACAGCUUACAGCCUGAUUCGUUGGCUAAAAUCAGGGAAUUGGAAAGCCUGCAAGGAAUGCAACAGCAAGCGCCUGCGCCUGCAUCAGCUGUGCCACCUAAGUUCAUUACUCAAAUUCAAGACGUGACUAAGCUAGCAGAAGGUCAAAGUGCACACUUUGAGGCUAGACUUGUGCCAGUUGAUGAUCCAGACCUAAAAGUUGAAUGGUUCUACAAUGGCAAGAAAUUGCCUCAUGGUCACAGGUACAGGACUUUCCAUGACUUCGGAAUUGUUAUAUUGGAUAUUCUUUACUGCUAUGAAGAAAACUCAGGUGUAUACGAGUGUGUGGCUACUAAUAAGCUCGGACGCGAUUCUACAAAGGCUACGUUGAAAUGUACUUCAAAGGAGAAUUUAAUCUUGGACUCGCAACUACCGCGGGGCAUGGAAGGUGGGUUGGAAAAACUGCAGACUCUCGAAGACUCCAUGAUACGCAGGAAGGAUGUCAAGGAAGAAGAGGAACGGGGUAAAGCUCCCGUCUUCACAGUGCCGCUUUCAAACAUCGAUAACCUUCGGGAAGGCGAAAAUGCACACUUUGAAGCGAGAUUAACACCAACUGAUGACCCUAACUUAAAGGUGGAGUGGUACUGGAAUGGAAAGUCACUUAAGGCUGGUUCCAGGUUCAGAACCUUCUGCGACUUUGGUUUUGUCAUCCUUGAAAUUUCUCCAACUUACCCUGAAGAUUCUGGUGAAUACUUAUGCAGGGCAUACAACAAUUAUGGAGAGGCAGUUACAACAGCCACAAUGAAAGUACAAGGAAAGCGAAACAUUAUUCUGGAAUCACAAUUACCCAAAGGCAUGGAAGGAACCAUUGAUAAAAUUGCGGCCCUUGAAGGCUACACUGGUACUGUAGACUCCAUGACUCCAGAAGCUGAGACUGGUAAUCCUCCUGAAUUCACCACUACACCUUCAGACCUCAUUUUAUCUGAAAAUUCUUCGGCUCACUUUGAGUGCCGUCUUAUUCCUGUUAAUGAUUCGAGUAUGAGAGUAGAAUGGUUCCAUAAUGGAAAGCCACUUCUCACCGGAUCUAGAGUAAAGACCAUUAAUGAUUUCGGAUUCGUAAUAUUGGAAAUUGGUGGUGUAUACCAACGUGACGCAGGUCUCUACACCUGCAAGGCCACCAACCGACAUGGAGAAGCAACUGUUUCUUGCAAACUACAAGUCAAGGGAAGACAAGGUAUCAUUUUGGAACCACAAUUACCAUCUCACUUCAAGUCUGGUACUGAGAGCAUCCAGAAAUUGGAGGAGACUCUGCACAAGCGUGAAGAAAUUACAAUUGAAGAUGAAAAGCCCAACCCACCUAAGUUUAUCGUAGAAAUCAAAGACAACAUUGAUGUCCCUGAAGGUGGACCGAUUCACUUCGACUGUCGUGUUGAACCAGUUGGUGAUCCCACUAUGAGAAUUGAUUGGUUCUACAAUGGCCGACCUUUCGCAACCGGAUCGCGAGUUCAUAUGCUCAAUGAUUUCGGAUUUAUCGCUCUGGACAUCGACUAUAUUUAUGCUCGUGAUGCUGGAGAGUAUACUUGUCGCGCUACCAACAAAUGGGGUUCCGCAACCACUACUGCUAAGAUCACCUGCAGUGCUAAGCGUGAUAUUGUAUUAGAGUCCCAGCUUCCACAAGGUAUGAGCGGAGAGAAGAUCAAGGAGCUUGAAAGGGGCCGUGUUAGUGAUGCACCAAAGGAAGAGCCUGUUAUAAGCAGCCCGCCUAAGUUCAUCACUCAGAUCCAGUCGCACACAGUUGAAGAAUCAGAAAGCGUACGAUUUGAAUGUCGCGUGGAACCUAAAGAAGACCCGAAACUGCGUAUCGAAUGGUACCGUAAUGGCAAGCUUUUGCCUUCUGGCCAUAGGUACCGCACUGUUUAUGAUAUGGGUUUCGUUUCACUUGACAUUUUGUACGUUUAUGCUGAAGACUCGGGUGAAUACGUAUGCCGUGCAGUAAAUGAUAUUGGCGAAGAUUUCACUAGAGCUACAGUGUCUUGUAAACAACUACCGGAUAUCAUCCUGCAAAAUCAAGUACCACGAGGAAUGAAGAAAUCGGAGGCACUCACUCAGAUGGAAGCCACCAUUAAGAAGUAUACUUCAGAAAUUUUCUUGACUGAAGAUGACUUAUAUGAUGCUGAUAAGAAACAGCCGCCGCGCUUUGUAACCCAGAUUGAAAGCCAAACAACUUUGGUGGAAAUGGAGUCCACGAAGUUUGAGUGCCAGUUAGCUCCUGUUGGUGAUCCUAACAUGAAAGUGGAAUGGUUCUUCAAUGGAAAACCCUUAUUGCACAAGAACCGAUUCACGCCUAUUUACGACUUUGGUUACGUGGCUAUGAACUUUGGCUGGGUUUAUCCUGAAGACAGUGGUGAAUACCUUUGCCGUGCAACCAACCUGUACGGUAUGGAUGAAACCCGAGCUGUUAUCAAAACAGCUGGUAAACCUGGUAUUGUUUAUGAUUCUCAAUUACCUAAGCACAUGAAGAGUAUUGAGAAAAUAAGAGAAAUGGAAGCCGCUUGGCAAAUGGUACCUGAAGAAGCAGCAGAAGAGGCAAAGGCUCGAUCACCGCCAGUCUUUGUAAGCCGUCCAGACCCAGUCACCGUCGAGGAAGGCGAAUGGGCUCGUUUCUGCUGCCGAGUCACCGGACACCCCAAACCACGAGUGAUGUGGCUCAUCAAUGGCAACACUAUCGUUAAUGGUUCUAGAUACAAACUGACGUACGAUGGAAUGUAUCAUUUCGAUAUUCCUAAGACAAGGCAAUACGACACGGGUAAAAUCGAAGUUAUUGCUAGAAGUUCAGCAGGCGAAGCUUUGGCCACGACUGAACUUAAAGUUAUUCCGAGACACGACGACUACAGAGGGGUUCUAAAGAAUGCUCCACGACCAUGGUACGAUGAAACUACACAGUAUCAGCGCUCUGAAACAGAAUUAGAGAAAACGUUUGAGGAAAGGCAAGUUUUGCAACGACAGGGAGUUAUUGACCACAGGCCUGAGUUGAAACCGAAGGUCAUUAAAGAGCCGGAAACAGAAUGGCAACAGACUGUCAAGAAGAAGAAGAGUGAAGAGUAUUACAAUAAACUGCAGGAACUCGAAAAUGAGCAGGUUAUUAAGGAAAGUCGAUUUAGAGAAUCCACUCAUCAAUAUGCUAUUCCUGGGGAAAAGAUCGCUAGUAGUUCUAUUGCCAAGGGCAUGGCUCAAAGAUACGAGGACACCCUGGAACAAACGGAAGUUACAACUGAACAAGUACAGCAGAAGAAAGUAGCGAAGCCUAGAAUUCCGCCAGGCCCAUCUGAAUCUACUGUUCAUGGAAAAGAAGUACAUGUUGCCAAACAGAAACAAAUUCAGAAGGAAGUGGUCGGAGAUACAGAAAUUACACGUAAGAUUACUUCUACUGAAACAACUGAAAUGGAACAUAAAGCUCAGACACAGGAAAGAGUAGUGGAAGGACCUGUGAAGCCUAGCAAGCCUCCAGUAUUUACUAAGAAAAUGCAACCUUGCCGUGUGUUCGAACACGAACAAGCCAGAUUCGAAGUAGAAUUCGAUGGCGACCCACUGCCGACCAUCAAGUGGUACAGGGAGAACUUCCCCAUUAAAAACUCCGCUGACUUCCAGAUCCACACAUUUAGCACCAAAUCCAUUCUUAUCAUCAGGCAAGUUUUCGUUGAAGACUCUGCUGUGUUUGCAGCUGUGGCUGAAAACCGUGGAGGAACUGCUAAAUGUAGCGCUAACUUAGUUGUAGAAGAGCGCAGAAAGCAAGGAAGGGGUGGAGUUGCACCACCAAGUUUCACUUUAACAGCUCAAAACGUUAAUGUGACAGCCGGUCAACUAGUCAGGUUUGAUACCAAAGUGACUGGAACAAAGCCUAUUGAUGUUUACUGGCUGAAGAACGGAAAGAAAGUUCAGCCGGAUAUCAGAAACAAAAUACUAGAAGAAGAUGGCACAUACACCCUUCUUAUUCUUGAAGCUUAUCCCCAAGAUUCGGGUAAAUAUGAGUGUGUUGCUAUAAACAGCGCUGGAGAGGCACGGUGUGACGCUGAGUGUUCCGUUAAUGCCCCUGCUACCAAAGAAAAACCAAAACCUCAAACUAAAGCCGCUAACGCGCCUCCUGAAAUUAUUGAACCCCUGAAAGAUAAGGUUGUUGCUGAAGGUCAAGCCAUUGAAUUCAGUUGCAAGAUCGUUGGAAAGCCGGCACCUACAGUCCAGUGGUUCAAAGGCGAAAAAUUGAUUAAGCCGUCGAAGUACUUCCAAAUGUCACGCACUGCGGACGAAUACACUCUUCGCAUAUCUGAAGCUUUCCCGGAAGACGAGGGUGACUACAAAUGCGUUGCUUACAACUCGGCUGGCCGAGUGACUGUUGCCGCAAAACUUAAAGUAACUCAGCCUGAUCAGGCCGAUAAUCUGCCAACUUUAACACCUCUACGUGAUCUGGUUGUUUAUGAAGGACAGCCAGCACAAUUCAAAACUCAAAUAACCAGCAAAGUCAAACCGACGAUUCAGUGGCUUCGAGAAGGUGCUCUUAUCCCUGAAACGCCGGACUUCCAGAUGAUCCACGAAGGCAACAACGCCGUGUUGCUGAUCGGUAACACGUACGAGGAGGAUACUGGAACCUUCACUUGCCGGGCCACCACCGCCGCCGGCCAAGUCGAGACAUCGGCUAAGCUAGUCGUCAAAAGUAAGACAUAGAUACAGGCAGCGAGCUCGCGUCGCGCACUUUUAAUCCAUUAAUGUAGUGUUUCUUUGUUUCAUCUUUAUAUCACUUUGAGAUCGGGUGAAAACUACUACAUAGAAUUAAACACUGAAAGUUGACAUGCGAGUAUAGUAUUAAAUUAAAUGGCUUUAAAAUCGUAGCGGUUACCGCAGUAUAACGACUUACGUCCGCUUAAUAGACACACCCCCAUGAUCACCAUCUUGACAAAAUGACACAAACUACCGCGAGUGAACCCACCAAUAUCCUACCGACCUAGCCCAUGAGGCAACCGAUAGGCCGCGCAGUCUGACAAGUCACGAGGGUUGCUGCUGUACCACGGAGGUGUGCUUUUAGUUAUGGAAUUGAAGAAAUGUACAAGCUUGUACGCAAAACUUGUAAUUUUGACAGGAACAGAAUUGUUGCCUGUUGAUUAUGAUACUUAUCGAUAAAAGUCACAGCAAUGUAUUUACCAGAUUUUAUUCAUAUUGUUCAUUCUUUUAAAAUGAAAAAACGAAUGGGGUGCAGUUCGUUUGGGCAUGCUUAUUUUGAUCUUGAAAUAUGACUAGGUAAUGAAUUAAUUUUCGUUUUAAUUCUAAGGAAAGUAUUCUUCUUCUUUUUAUAUGACUCAUAAAGAGUUAAAAUUUUCUUCUUUUAUAAUAAAAGUAUUGAAAUCUUUUAACUUUGCUGGUCUUCAUUUAAAUUCUAGUCAAUCUCUUUAAGGUUUUCCUGUGUCUAAACGUUUCCUAUCUAAUUAUAAUCAGGGUACAAAAUUAUCAUGCUUGCUAUAUUUUGUCACUUAAAAGAAUGACCGAUAUUAAUUUUAAAUGUAUCUAAACAAGUAAAUCAACCAGUUCUUUUUGUGAAAAGUUAACUACCAGAGGCUCAGCUUCUUGGCAGUGAACGGAAUAUAAAGCAAAUAUCUUUUUUGCGUACAACAAUGUACAGAAUACGUACAUUUCUUCCGUAACGUAGCUUGAAAUGGCACCUCCGUCACACCACGACAGCGCAACAAUCGCAAACCCUAACAUGAAUUGCAAAUCGACUCGAUUGUAAAUUUAACUUGUAGUACUAUUUGGGCGAAUUUCCGCAUCUAACAUCGCUGUAUAUUUAAGCUUUUUGUGUAAAUAGUCCUAGUCUUACCCCGAGGCAGGCGACAGGCGGACCCGGCGAGCAUCGACCAGGAGCUACUAAAUAGUUGGACACACGUAACUGUGAUUAACAUGAACACAAGACAUUUUACGACUGUUUUGUUUUGCUUUUACCGCUACGAUGUUUACUAAAUGUAAAUGUAUACUUUGAACGAUUAUACUGUAUAUUAGACUGAAAUUGCGUUACAAAACGAAGACGCGUCUCUCAACAAAACAUCAAAUGUAUUUUUCACCCAAUACUCAUUUAUAAUAAUGAUAAGCCUGCUAAAGUUAAUGAAUUAUUUAUUUGGCCUUAUUAACCAUAAUUAGUAAAAACGUUUUACGCUUUUUGUGUUGAGAUCUGUCUAGCUAUUCUGUAUAAACUCACUACUGAGCUUUUGCAUCAGCAGCAACUAAAAUGCUGUUAGUGCAUCAGAUUACAUAUUUUUAGUAAGUUUCUACGAAAUAGCAAUGCUAACCUGUGUAUCUUAUGAAAAUGAUCUCAAUUAUGUUCAUCUUUUGCAAAGGUCAUUUCAUUUGAGGUGCAGUUUAUCAGAUAGUUAUUGAAUCUGGGACUUGUCGCGUGCACUGUGGUCAAGUAAAAGGUAUUCACCAUGUAAAUAUCAAAGACCUCCGAAGAAUCAUCUGUACCUAUAAAAGUCCCCGCUUCAAGUUUCACCUUGUCUAAGCAUGAAUCACUGUUUGUAUUGUCCGAUUUAGAUUUUGGCAUAAUGUUUAAGAUCAGUGAGUCCUAACAUUGCUGCACGAGGGGUGCGGACCCGCGCCUCCUGACGUUACCUAACAGCUGCGACUAACUUUGUCGGUGUCACGGCGAUGUAGUAUGUCGAUGUCAAGGUUUGCGAUAGCGGGUGUAGGGGAAGCCGGGUCGUUCUCGCGGACCACAAAGUUACUCGUUGUUGUAUCUUGCCAUGCCUAUAGUUCCGCUGUCAACUCUUCUAUGACAAAGAAACAUAAAGUUAGUGUACUAAGUCGCUCACCCUUGCGGCUCACCACUCAAACGACUUAAAGUACGCACGCAUUACUUGCCUUGCCAGUUUCUAUGUUUUGACAACACUGCCUAUGUUGAUGACCUAAUUUUUUUGCAAGUACAAAUCCAAAUUGAAUGAGAUUUUAUAGUUUAACGUUACAGUGAUCUUUAACUUAGUUUGUUUUUAAGUGCACGAUAUUGUUAAAAUUAAAAUGUGUUGUAUGUUUCACCUAAUUGUAUUAAGUUAUUAGGCGUGGCAGUAUUUUAUGACUAAAUGAAUUCUUAGAUUAUUUAAUAAUAUAUUUAUGACAUAAAAAUUUUGUAUGUUACCUUUAUGUGAAAUCUGUUUAAUAAAUGCUAUAAAUUAAUAAUAA